ACCCGAGCGCUCUCUGUGAGAGCUGGUUUGGAAAUCAGCGGUCUGCCCCGUCCGGAAGCCCUUCCUCCCUGUUGUGCAGCGCCAAUGGCGGCUCCCUGAGAUCGUGAGCAGAGUGGGGUGUCUGUGAGAGGAUCUGUGGGGCGUUUCGAUCUGAUGAGAAGUGUCCGUCUCCGUCUCACCAACAGCAGUGAAAGAUGCCUCGGUACGAGCUCGCGCUCAUCCUGAAGGCGAUGCAGAGGCCCGAGGCGGCGGCGGCGCUGCGGCGCACGGUGGAGACCUUGCUGGAGCGCGGCGCCGUGGUCAGAGACCUGGAGAACCUCGGGGAGAGAAGGCUGCCCUACAAGGUCUCCAAACACAACCAGCGCCACACGCACGGGGGAUACUACCUGAUUGACUUUCACGCCUCUCCGUCUGUAGUCAAAGGCGUCCUGAACCACCUGGAGAGAGACGUGGAUGUCAUUCGGCCGACGAUGUUAAAGAAGGACGCUGAGGGUUCUCAGGGUUCUCAGGCUUCUCAGGCUCAGUGCUGCGGUCCGUCACCUGCCCAGACCAAUAAGAGGCCUUCUACAUAAACGGGCUGUAAGAAAGAAGACUAACCUGCCAGCUGGAUUAUGUUGAGUUUGUCUGUGUGAAAGUUUAUUAUAAGAAGCGAAUAAAUUAAUGCAUGUUUUUCAAAAAGG